CAAAAAAGACGAUUAGAUUCGCGAAGAUGGAUAGUACUCACAACCCACUCUCGUGCUUCCAUACGCAAUCGCAAUGGUUAGCGCAUCGACUUUCCUUCAGCUCCUCGCAGGCUGCACAUUAGCCGCAGCCGCUCCCUCAAACCCGCUCUUCGAACGAACACUACACCAUCUCAGCAAGCGAGCAACAUGCGUUCCUACCUCCGCCGGCAAUGCAGGCACAGACGACGUCCCGGCCAUCGAAGCCGCCACCUCCUCCUGCGGUAACGGAGGCAUCAUUCAAAUCCCAGCCGGCAAGACGUACAUGAUCCGUUCCGUGCUUGACCUGGCCGGUUGCUCGAACUGCGACUUCCAGAUCGAAGGAACGUUGAAGGUCUCUGAUGAUACGACGUUCUGGAACGGGAAAUCAGCCAUCAUUUCCGUGAGCGGCAUUACGGGGGCGAAGAUACGGAGUGUGACGGGCAGCGGUUUGAUCGAUGGAAACGGGCAGAAAGCUUGGGAUAAGUUCGCCGAGGACUCGAGUUUCGACCGACCGACGCUGGUGUUGAUCACGAAUAAGUCGAAGAAUAUCGCGGUGAGCAAUCUGCGGGUGAAAAAUGCGCCCAACGUCUUCUUCAGCAACAACGGCAACACGGAGAACAUAUCUUACUCUUCCCUCACCCUAACAGCCGUCUCCUCCAGCUCCAACCUGCCCAAGAACACAGACGGCUUCAACGUCGGUCCAGCAACGUAUACGAGUUACAAAAACAUCAGCGUGCAAAACGACGAUGAUUGCAUCGCAUUCAAGCCCGGCACAAGCUACUGCACCGUCGACGGCAUCACCUGCAAAGGCUCGCAUGGCCUCUCAGUCGGCUCGCUCGCCAGCAAAGCAGGCGCUACCGAUACCGUGCAGCACGUCUACGUCACAAACGCGAAUAUGGAGACUUCGACGAAGGCUGUCGGUAUCAAGCUCUACCCUGGAGGCUCGGCGCACGGGACUGCUGUCGUGAAGAACGUAACCUUCGACGGCGUGACCGUCGCAUCCAGCGACUACGCUGCCCAAAUCCAAUCCUGCUACAAUGAAGACGCUUCGUACUGCGCGUCGAACCCGUCAACUGCCAAGGUCACCGACGUCUACUUCAAGAACUUCAAGGGCACCACGAGCUCCAAGUAUGCGCCGACAGUCGCCAACAUCAACUGCCCCGCUGCGGGGACGUGCAACGUGCACUUCUCGGGCUGGACGGUGACGACGCCGAAUGGGUCGCCCAAGUAUCUGUGUGCGAAUAUUGAUAAUUCUAGUCCGGGGGUGUCGUGCAGCUCUGGAGCGUCUGGGUAG